AUGCAGUCUCUUAUGUUGGUUGGAGGCUCUGCCUUCACUUCUACCCAGGCAGAGGAGCUGCGCUCGCGCAUCAACAAGCAGAGCCCAGACGUUCCCGUUGCCCACUUGCACGGUGUCUGGGUUUACUAUGUGCACCUCAAGAGCGACCAGUCUGCUCUCGUAACUGAGAAGCUGGCCAAGUGGCUCGACCUUCCAGACCAGCAGACGAGCUCAAUCGCCCCGAGCAAUGACACCACCACCACUUUUUAUAUCUCACCCCGCAAUAUCUCCCCAUGGAGCUCCAAGGGUACCUCCAUCUCUCAUGUUUGCGGCUUGAAGGACCACAUUGAACGCAUUGAGAGAGGCAGGGCCAUUACGGUUACCUUUGAGAAGCCUUUUGUGGGCGACAAGUUUCAAUCAAAGGAUAUCAUCUACGACCGGAUGACAGAAUCCCUCUCUACAUCCCACCCAGAUCUCAAUCUCAUGUUCCAGGAGGGCCAGAGAUACCCUCUUGAGAUUGUUGACAUUUUUGCCCCUGGAUCUUCUCCCAUUGAGAUCCUGCGUGACUACAACAAGCAAUUCGGCCUGGCCCUUGAUGAGUCAGAGAUGGAGUACUUGGUAGAAGUCUUCAAACGCCAGGGCCGACCUCCUCACGACGUUGAGCUCUUUAUGUUUGCCCAAGUCAACUCCGAGCAUUGCCGACACAAGCAAUUCAAUGCCAACUGGAAGAUCGAUGGUGUUGAGAUGGGGCACAGCCUGUUUGGGAUGAUCCGCAACACUCACAAGCACACCCCUGAUUUCACUGUAUCUGCCUACAGUGACAAUGCUGCGGUCGUCCAGGGAGAGACUGCAAGUUUCUGGGCCCCCGACUAUUCUACGGGUACUUGGAAACUGACCAAGGAAGUUGUUCACGUCCUCAUCAAAGUAGAGACGCACAACCACCCCACUGCUAUCUCGCCCUUCCCCGGUGCCGCCACAGGCUCCGGAGGAGAAAUCCGUGACGAAGGUGCCGUUGGCCGUGGCUCCACCCCCAAAGCCGGUCUUUGUGGCUUCUGGGUCUCCGAACUCCUCAUUCCGGAUCAGAAAGCGCCCUGGGAAGUCGACUUGGGCCGCCCUUCACACUUCGCUAGCAGUCUUGACAUCAUGCUUGAAGCACCUAUUGGAAGUGCUCGCUUCAACAAUGAGUUUGGCCGUCCUUGUCUCCUAGGAUGCUUCCGUACGCUCUUGACUGAUGUGGGCAAGGAAGGAUCUCCUGAGUGGAGGGGAUACCACAAGCCCAUCAUGAUUGCUGGUGGUGUUGGAACUGUCCGACCCCAGCACGCCCUCAAGAACCCUGAGGAUGUUCAAGAUGGUGCCCAUGCUAUUGUUCUUGGAGGACCUGGAAUGCUGAUUGGGCUUGGAGGUGGUGCCGCUUCUAGCAACGCCUCUGCUGAAGAGACUGCAGAGCUUGACUUUGCAAGUGUUCAGCGAGGCAAUCCCGAGAUGCAACGACGAGCUCAGAUGGUUAUCGAUGCUUGUGUUGCUCUUGGCGAGCAAAACCCCAUUGCUAUGAUUCACGAUGUUGGUGCGGGUGGUCUGUCUAACGCACUUCCUGAAAUCGUCAAGGAUGCCGGUUUUGGAGGAAACUUUGAGCUGCGCCAAGUUCACACCGCUGACAGCAGCAUGAGCCCUCUCCAAAUUUGGUGUAACGAGUCUCAGGAACGAUAUGUUCUUUUGGUUAACCGGGAUGGUGUCAAUCGAUUCACAAGCAUCUGCCGCCGAGAGCGAUGCCCCUUCUCCGAUGUUGGAACCGUCGCCAUCAAGACCCCAGAAGGAGACUCCAAGCUUGUCCUCACAGAUCGCGAUUCAAAGGACGGACCUUCCCCCAUUGACCUUCCAAUGGAUGCAUUGUUCCCUGCUGGACGCAAGCUUGAGCGUGUGGUCGAGACCAGAGACCUUGGCUUGCCAGCUUUCAACGCAGCCUCGGCCCUCGAGGGGGUCUGUGGCGCCGACGCUACCAAGGAUGUGAUCAUCUCGGAAGCUGUGAACCGGGUGUUCCACAUGCCCUCUGUUGGAUCCAAGUCUUUCCUCAUCACCAUUGGUGACAGAACCGUCGGUGGUCUCUCUGUCCGUGACCAGAUGGUCGGCCCCUGGCAAACACCCGUUGCUGACUGCGCUGUGACCGCAACCUCGUACAGCAUCGGCAGCAACCAGCGAACUGGAGAAGUAAUGGCUAUGGGCGAGCGCCCUCCUAUUGCUCUCAUCUCCCCUGCCGCAUCCGCUCGCAUGGCUGUAGCAGAGAGUCUGCUCAACCUUGGCGCUGCAGACUUCCUGGGAGGCAUGGAAAGAAUCAAGCUCUCUGCCAAUUGGAUGGCGGCCGUUAACCACCCCGGAGAGGGUGCUGGACUGUUCCAGGCUGUCCAGGCUCUGGGUAUGGAGCUCUGCCCUCAACUUAACAUCUCCAUCCCUGUGGGCAAGGAUUCUACAUCCAUGAAGGCUUCGUGGAAAGACCGUGAGACCAAGGAAACCAAGAGCGUAACUGCCCCGAUGUCCGUCAUCAUCACUGCUGUCACAGUUGUUGAAGAUGUGCGCAACACAUGGACUCCCCAGCUUCGACGAUAUGAGGAUGUCGGAGAAACUGUGCUCAUGUUUGUUGAUCUUGCUCAGGGCCACCGAGCUAUGGGUGGUUCCGCACUCGCCCAGGCAUUCGGCAAGGUUGGCAACGAGGCCCCUGAUGUACGAAGCCCUGAGCUGAUUGCAGACUACUUUGAUGCCCUCUCCCAACUUCACAAAGCCGGAGUUGUUCUUGCCUAUCAUGAUCGCUCAGACGGUGGCUUGAUCACGACCGUGGCCGAAAUGAUGUUCGCUGGCCGUUGUGGAGUUGAUAUCGAACUUGACGAACUCUCCAAUACUGGCUCCAUUGGAGAUAUUCUGGACGCCCUCUUCAACGAGGAGCUUGGCGCUGUCUUCCAGAUCAAGAAGGGCGACGAGAUCAACUUUAAGAGAUGCUUCGCUACAUGUGGACCUCCCGCUGGACUCAUCAAGAAAUUCGGCGCUGUACAGCCGAAAUCGAAGCAGACAUUGAACAUCAAGUACGGUGCCAGACCCGUGGCUACACUAGAUCGUACUCAGAUCCAGCAGUGGUGGUCACAAACAAGUUACGCCAUGCAAAGGGAAAGAGACAACCCUGCCAGUGCAGAGGCUGAAUACAAUACUAUCGCCGAUUCCAGCGACCCCGGCCUAUCCUUCAGACUCAAGUACUCUCCAGAGGAGAACAUCCUACCUCUCACAGCUUCAUUGACGGGCUUGGUUAAGGGCGCUCCUCGAGUUGCUAUUCUCCGUGAAGUUGGUGUCAACAGUCAUCGUGAGAUGGCGUUUGCCUUCAAGGCAGCUGGAUUCGAGCCUAUCGAUGUGCACAUGAGCGACAUCCAAGAAGGACGCUCCCUGGCAGACUUUGUCGGUCUGGCUGCCGGAGGCGGCUUCUCCUACGGUGACGUAUUCGGCGCCGGUGUGGGCUGGGCACAAUCUAUCCUGGAGCACAAAAACGUCCGUCAAGAAUUCCAAACCUUCUUCAACCGCCCUGAUACCUUCGCCCUGGGUGUCUGCAACGGAUGCCAGAUGCUUACGCGUCUCAAGGAGCUGAUCCCAGGGGCGGAGAACUGGCCUACAUUCGUGGAGAACGCAAGCCGGCAAUACGAGGCUCGAUUCACCAUGGUCAAGAUUGACGACUCAGCCUCGGAGACGCCCUCGGUUUUCCUCCACGGCAUGAGCGGGUCUGCCCUCCCCAUUGCCGUUGCCCAUGGUGAAGGCCGUGCCUCCUUCACCAACGAUGCGAGCCUGAACGUACUCAACUCAGACGGCCUCAUCCCCAUAAAGUACGUAAACAACCGACUGGAGGUUGCAGGGCCGGAUCAGUACCCGUACAACCCGAACGGAAGCCCAGGCGGCAUCGCUGGUGUGCGAAGUCGCGACGGCCGAGUCCUCGCACUGAUGCCACAUCCUGAGCGCACAAUUCUGGCAGACGUUGGCAGCUAUGUCCCAUCUGAUCAGGUAGCCGAGUGGGGAGAAUUCGGGCCGUGGGUUCGUAUGUUCAAGAGCGCUAGACGGUGGGUUGGUUAG